CACGUUUGUCACUGUCAUUCUAUUAUACUUUUUGUUGUUAUUAUCGCGAGUCGCAUAAAAUAUCACUCCUAGAAAAUGUCUUCAACCGAACUAUUAUCACCGAAACUGCUCCUAUCGUCCUACACCAGAAAACCAACGUUAAAACGCAAAAGGGCGAUUUCCAUGAACAGCGACUGGAAAGUACUGGUCGGAUGCGAGAAACCUGAAGUAAUACCCUCGAAAAACAGCCUGACCUCCACCCCGAACUAUCUGCAUUACGGCUUCACCACCAGCCGCAAAUCCAUCAAGGUCUUUUGCACCCACAGCAGCUACGAUGGCGAGUGGGACAUGACCGGAUUCUCCGGGUACGGCCAAUACGUGUUCGCCGACGGAACCGUCUACGACGGCGAGUUUGAAGACGGGCUGUUCCACGGCAAAGGGUGCAUCACGUUUCCGACGACGGGGCAAAGCAUGGACAAGAAGAUAGAGGCGAAUUUCUGCAAGGGCAACGUAGACGAAAGCAGCAUGGUGUUCGUGUUCGGUUCGGAGAGGGUGCACAAGGAUAACUUUAAAUAUUGUCAAAUGCCGAACAGAAGAUUUGCCAUUGAGACGCCUUUGGUUAAUCUUCCACCAAUAGGAAAAGAGACUUUGACGAGUAAGAAGGACCCACAAGUCUUGGGGCCGACUGACUAUGACGUCGUGUAUGGGGUCUUUGACACAAGGAGGAACAUUAUUAUCAGCGACGAUGUGGUGACUGGUGUUCAGGAAAUAAGCAUUCCAGCACCAAAAGAAGAGUCAUGGAUAAAAGAGAACUGCAGAUACGGCAGUGACGUGCCGGUGGGCUACAUACCGAAGUUCUACGAGGCGUGGACGGCCGGCAGGAGAUGGGAGAGACAGAAGUACGGAUUCGAAGAGAGUGACGAGUCGGAGGAAUCAACCGAAGUGACAACUGAGCAGUUGUCAUCGAAAUCGCACACCUCCGACGUCAUGGAGGCGUUCCUACAACACAUCCAGGACGUAGACGAGGGAGGCAAAGACGAAUUGGUGACCGAAGAUAAAAAAGACGAGGAGGAGUACGCACCAAGUGUCUGUAACAAGACUAGUUCGUUGGACAGACCGGUACUGGAUCAUUUGGACUAUUACGAUAAAGUUGAGGUAGGGGAGGAAGAGGAAAAAGGGAUGGAGGAAGUGGAGGAGGAGACGUCGUCAUUUGACUUCAUGGGAUUGUCACAGGGGGAUUCAGACAAAAGUUUGAGUAAAUGGAUUAUGGGGUACUGUGGAGAGCAGUCUGAUGUAUUGGAUGCGCAUACAACCAAAACUGAUGAUUGGUUGGAUCAAUAUGACAAUGAUGAAUCACAGGAGGUGCUCACUAAUGUAGACUAUCUGGACUCGGACGACGCCACAGAAAAAUUCUUACAUCCAUCAGACGAAGCUAUGUUGGGUGCUUAAUUAUACUAUAAUUAAAUGGAAUAUAUUGUAUACAUUUUACUGAUUAAAUGAACUAAUUUUCA